CCAAAUCCUUCACCCCUAUAAAUAAUCCCCUGUUUCUUUGCAUCAAUGCCCCUGCAAUCCCAAGAGUUCACAAAUUCUCCCCUGUUUUUUCUCAAAAUCACUUUUUCUACCACAGAUAAUUUGAAGAUGAAUCGAAGAAACAGUAGAGAAGGAGGUGCGCCGAAGUUGGAGCUGAAACUGAACCUGUCGCCGCCGAGAGGCGGAGGAAACAGAGGAGUGGAAUCGCCGAACCGGUCAGCCACCGUGUCGCCGACGUCGCCGCCGAGCUCAUGUGUGUCGUCGGAGGCGGCGAGAUCGUAUUCGAACAGCCCUGAAACGGCGACGAUGAUGCUUGUGGGAUGUCCACGUUGCUUGAUGUACGUGAUGCUGUCGGAACAAGACCCGAAAUGUCCGAAAUGCAAAAGCACUGUCCUUCUCGAUGUUCUCCACGAUAAUACCGCCGUUAAAACCAGGCAAUCCUAGAGAGAGAAACAGACAGACAACAAACAUGGAGGUCUAGAGAGAGAAAACGAGUUCCACAUAGUUUUUUUUUUUUUUUUUUUUUAAAUUUUUAAAUGUAUUUGUCUCUGUUGGAUUUUUAUUUAUUUUUUUUCUUGGGAAUUUUUAGAUUUUCUUAAAUAGGAAAUUAGAAGAAAAAAAAGGAGGAUUUUAGAGAGAGAAAGAGAGAGGGGUAGUUUCGGGAUAAAGACAGAAUUUUCUCUCCCUUCUUUUAGCCACAAGGACGGUGUAAACCAGCGGUUAACUGCAAGUACCAAAUGUUUUCUUUUUA